AUGCCGGAUCAACGCCGGCCCUAUCGUUCACACAAAGUCCCCGCCUGCGAUCGAUGCCGUCGGUUCAAGCGAAGAUGCACUGGCGGGACUCCGGAUCAGCCCUGCGUGCUGUGCAAUCUGCAGGAUGUUCCCUGUCUGAUAUCAGCCAGUCCCAAAACACGGGGUGGGACUCGUCGUUCGGCAAAACCUAACCAGGAGCGGGCUCAGCCGAGGACUGUCCCGUCUCCAGUGGUUGAUGUUCACCAUGCCGCCCUUUCUCCUGUGGAGGGCGAAGUGGCACUGGACCAUAUCGGGACAAACUACCAUGGCUCUGCGGGCGAGGACCAGUCGAAGUCGAAGGUCGAGCUAUCCAUGGUUGCCAGCCCGGUGAUCUCCGAGGAUAUUCAGAUCUUGGAGCGGUAUAUGUCGUCCAAGGCUAGCUCCAUGCCCUCCGUGGCCGGGACUCCCAUGGUGUAUAUGAAAGUUCGCGGAUGGAGCGAAGGGCUGGCUAUAUCGGAGAAUCCAGGAAAGCGACAGAAGGAGACUCUGCGACAGAUCCUCAACCCGUAUGCCGAUGAAUUAAUCAGACUGUACUUCGAGGAGAUCCACCCUGCAUUUCCCAUUCUUGAUAGUCAAUCUUUCCUGGAGCUAUACCGAAGCGGAGACAAACUCUCCCCAGCUCUCACCUGCGAGUUCUUUGCUCUUUCACUUAUCCUAUGGCAACACUCGCCCAGUCUCAGGCAGUUCCCUAAGCCGGACUCGCACUUCAUCUGGAAUUUGGCCGUAGAAGCCUUACAGCAGGACUUCCUCGCCCCAGGACUGUCCACCGUCUUCGCCGUUGUGUUAGACAUGAUGGGCCGACCUGUCUACUCUGUCCUCGCGAAUACCAUCAACAACGGCCGAGCAGUUGCGCUCGCCCAGUCCCUAGGUUUGAAUCGCGAUCCGACCAAGUGGAAACGCCCAGCGAGCGAGAAAUCACUCCGCAUUCGCCUGUGGUGGGCAGUGGUAAUCCACGAUCGCUGGUCAAGCUUUUCUCAUGGAAUACCACCAAUUAUUGCCAAAGGUCAAUACGACGUCCCCGUGCCUCUUCCGCGAGAUAUUCUCCCAGACGCCAACCAGAGCGAAAAGCAUGCCAGAGGGGCAGACUGUUUCAUACAUCUAUGCACCUUGACCAACAUCCUCGGCGAGGUGCUCCCGCUUACCUACCACCUGGACGUCGACCAAAAGCUGAUCUGGAAGCAAAUCCGUCGUCUAGAGCUAGAUCUCUGCGAAUGGGAGGACAGUCUCCCAGCACAUCUCCGACCCGGCAGUGGAGAUCAAACCCGGACAUCGGGAUCCAGCAGUCUCCGACUGGGCUAUCUCUCCGUCCGACUUCUCCUUCACCGAAUCUCUUUGCAUGUUGCAACACUAUCAGACGAGAUCGACCGCUCGGAAAGCACCCGCUACCACCUUGCCCAGCUACGCAGGUCCGCCCAGGAUGUCGUCGAAUACGUCUGUUUUCUCACAAAAUCCCAAUUACAAGAAUUCUGGCUUCCCUCCCACCAUCUCAUCCUCACCGUGAUAAUACUUCUCCGCUGCACCGUCGAAUCAACCGAAAAAAUUGUAGUCGAAUCAUGCAAAUCCGGCCUCCGUCGCCUCUGGACGAAACUCCAGAAUGCCGCUGAAGAUGAUGGAUGGGACUUAGGGAACAUAUGCAUCACGCAGUGUGCCGAGUCGGUGUCGAAGAUCCUUGGUACUUCGGCGGAGUUGUGCCGAACUCAGAAGGAGCAGCGAUUGGAAGCCGAUGUGUUCGAGCGGACGGAGCCUGCCAAUAGCCCUGCCAGAGCCCCAAGAGGUACUGGGAAUGGGAUGGCGACGGAGUUGGUUCCGGAUAUACUUCCUUUUGCAAACCCCGAUAUAUCAUUUGAUAAUCAGUGGGAUAUGGGGCUGUGGUACGGGCUGGGAUGGAUGGAUAUGGAUAGUCUAUCACAACACCGGCGCCCUAUCCCCCUAAAAGAUCAGAAAAAUGACCCCAUGGCGACACCAAACAAUGACGGGCUCGUCUUUUAUCCAGCAUUUUGCUACAAGGCGUCCCCGACGCACUUCUCCUGGGUAAAAAUGGCGGCGUUGGAUGUUCAUCGACUCAAGAGACGGCCGGAAUUCGGAGAUCAAUCCACCCUGUUCUACCUGAACCAUCCGAUCCGCUUCGUCUCCGUAAUGGGCAUCAUCAUAGCAAGAACAGAAUACCCACGACUCACAAUCCUCACUGUCGAUGACAGCAGCGGCGCAACCGUCGAUGUUAUCGUCCAUAAAUCCGAGACCAUCCUGGACGUCUCGAGUGCAACUACCACUCCUCGACCCGCUGCCGCCGGAGGGGGAGGAGACAUCCAGUCUCCAUGGGCCACUCCGCACGUCGCCGCGACCUGCAGAUCAUCCGCGGUAGACAUCACACGACUUGUUCCCGGCUCCGUGUCCCAGAUCAAAGGCACGUUGACAGUGUUCCGGGCCACGGUGCAGUUGCAGCUGGAACGGGUCUUUCCGGUGCGAGAUACGAACGCCGAAAUGCGGUUCUUGGACCAGCGGUGUCGAUUCCUGGUCGAGGUGCUUUCCACCCCGUGGAUUUUGACGGACGAGGAGGUCACGCAGCUGCGACUGGAGGCGGACGAAGAAGAAGAGAAGAUCGAGGAGGAACAGGAGCGGAGUCGGAGACGGCAGCGGAAACGUUCCAAACGAGAGGAGAAAGAUCAGCAGCAGAUUCAGAAGCUGUGGGAGCAUGAGGAACGACGGAGGGCAAAAGAAGCUAUGGUUUGUAAAGAUGCUGGGGUCAAGACCAUGCGUGAGAUUCAGAAGAGACAGGCGAGUAUGGAUCGAUGA